CUUGAAUAGUUGGUAGGUUUCUCAUUCAGAUGUAUGCGACCUCGCCAGCUCGUAUGUCUCCUACUUCUUCGAACGAUAAUAUCGGAAUUCGCCAUGGCUCAAUACAUUCCCUUAGACCAAACAGAUGUCGAACAAUCCCCCAACAAUGAAAAAGCAAACCCUCCACCCCCAUCUCGUCGAUGGCCCUCCCUCCUCCUCAACAUCCUCACCUACCUCCUCGCCCUCUACGGCCUCAUCAACCUAGCCUUCCAAAUCUACACCCACAUUCCUCUUCCACCAAAAACCUCCAACCCAACCCCCAACUCCUGCUCCUGUGGCACGACCGCCCAAGAAGCCCUCUCGCGAGGCUGCAAAUUCGACCCCUUCGCGCUCGCCUGGCUCCCCUCCAGCUGCCGCGACGACGCCCUAAUAACCGAAUUCACAGCGCUGGGAAAGUCCCACAACCACAACUGGGACUUCUACACAUGGCCAAACGCGUCCCGAAAGCUGGAUCUCACAGAAGUAUCCAUGGGCGCGGACGUCGUGGGGACGCAGAACCGCAGCGCAGUCACCACGACGGUGGACUGGCACCAUACGCACUGUCUGUAUUUAUGGCGGAAGCUGUAUCGAUCGCGGUAUACGGGGGUGACGAUGGAGAAGCGGUAUGAUUCCGAACAUCAUCAGAAGCAUUGCGUGGAGAGUAUUCUGGAGUGGGUGAGGCAGCAGCAGCCGGAGGCGGGGAGAUUGAUUGGGGGGUCCGUGGUGGAUUUGUAUGAAUAGAUGGAUACUCUUUGGGGGGUAGGAGAUGAGGAUAGGUCCGAGAGCGCAAUCGAUGUCAUGCAUGACUUGUCUUUGGAGACAAGUCAGGAGUUCCUAUUUUGCUGUCUCCUCAGUCUCGCCAGAAUCACCAGUUGCUUGGUCUGAACAACGACCGGAUUCAUGACGCUCGUUUGCCCGCUUGAUAAACUCGUCCCGGUAUUCUUGAGCCAGAUCUCUGGCAUUCCGAAAGGUAAUUGAACCAUGCUUAUACGUUUCCGAGUCACCGUCCAAUGCCCAUUUGC